UCGGGCAUGCCUGCCAGAUUCCCACUUCACGAACGUUAACCCUUUCAGAUCUAAAGUUGCGUAAUUAAAAACAGUCUAGCCUACGUUAAGGGUAAGAGCUGGUUAUUGCUCGUCUUUUUCAAACGUAAAGAUAUCGGUUGGAUAUUGUGUUAAGAUAGAGUUGGCUUCCAGUUUUUCCUCCAAAUUCAAGGCUGCAUUAAUCAAACUCGAAAAUGAGGCUUUUUUUUAAACUUUUUGCAUUGGGUAGUAUAGCUGCAGCCCUACUUGCACUGCACAUGAGUGAACCAACCUUCAAUAUUGAGUCUUUAAAGGGCGCUCGGGUCCUGGUGACUGGGGCCAGCACUGGCAUCGGAGAGCAGAUUGCCUACCACCUUGCCAAAGCUGGGGCACAGAUUGUUAUCACUGCAAGGAGAAGUAAUGUUCUGGAGCAGGUGGUACAAAAAUGCAUGGCUAUGGGGGCUCAGAAAGCAGCGUACAUUCCAGCUGACAUGUCAGUAGCGUCUGACCCAGAGAAGGUUGUGAAGUUUGCUGAAGAGCAUCUUGGAGGAUUAGAUUACCUCGUGCUCAACCACAUUGGGCCCAGCCCCUUUGCCAUGUGGGACGGAGAUGCUGAGCACACUAGGUGGCUAAUGCAGGUCAAUUUCUUGAGCUACCUGCAGAUGGCAUGGAAAGCCAUUCCAACUCUUGAGCAAAGCAAAGGUUCGAUAAUAGUAGUGUCGUCUCUGCUUGGAAAGAUGUGCACACCGUUUGUUGGUCCCUACACUGCCACCAAGUUUGCCCUGAAUGGCUUCUUUGGGACAAUGCAGCAUGAACUGGCAAUGAAGAAGAGCAAUGUGACAGUCAGCAUCUGCAUUCUUGGGUUGAUUGACACUGAUUCGGCAAUGGAGAAAGUCAGGGGGUAUACCAACAUGACGGCAUAUCCGGCGAGCGAGGCAGCCUGGCAGAUCAUCAAGGCUGGAGUCACUCGGCAGCCAGAGGCCUUCUACCCCUGGUACACCUACUACACGAGCCUCAUCAAGGACUGGUUUCCGUCCUAUAGAAACAUGGUGAUCCAAGCGCUUUACAAUUACGAACCAUAGAGAAGGAGAGGAUAUCUAGAGCCCUAUGGGGACACCAGGAAAUUAAAUCUCGCUUUUAGGUUUUUGUAGAAUUCUUCUUUAGAACAAUUUUUUCCCCCCAUAAAUAUUAUAUUUCAGCUCUGUAUUUCAAUCCCUCCUCCGUGUCUGAGCUUAAUAACCAUGAACAGUGCAGUUCUCUUUUUGAGGGUAGGGGUUGCUAUAGUACUAUCAAAGGCCUUUCAUCAUGAUGUUACUACAUUCCAAAUAGAUCCCUUUUUCUUUUGAAACAUUAUAAGUGGUGCUUGAAUAACGUUCUUUAUUGCUUACUUUUGCUGUCACAUUAACACUGCUGGUACAUUUUUAAAUAAUGUGUUUUUUAUGUUCUACACAUUGCCUCUGCAUAGGUGUGUAUAAGCCUAUAUUUUGUCUAGGGUGCUUUAUACUGUUAUUGUGAAUGAUCUUACUCCCAGUGAGAAAGUGAGAUGCCGUUCUGCCGUGCAGUGAAUGUGCAACCUGUAAAACAUUCAUGUUAACCAAGGGUAGCUGAACUGGUUUGCCCCCUUACGUAAUCGCAUAGCAUUUCCUCUCUGGGGCUUGCACUGAUCCCUUUUAUGACUGCAAAAAUGACUGUUUUGUUUUCACUU